UCCCAAUGGGCAAAGCAAGCACUCCUAUUUACUAAACCGCCUCGUAACGUGGAGCUGCAGCGGUGCCCUGCUUCGACAGCCGUGACCACAGUCUGAAGUGUGAGGAGGGGGAAACACGUUGGACCUUUCGCCGCAUCUCCUGCCAGCGUCCGCCGCCGCUGUCCGCUUGGCACGCGUAAAAGACGAGUCGAGCCCAGCUAGAUGGGGCUGGGGAAGACGCGUGAGAAACUGCACUCGCUCCGAACGCAAACUCCGAGCCUUUUGGUCAGCGAGCUACCUCAGAAGAAAGGUUCCUUCUCAGAGUGGAGCCGCUACUUUGAGCGGAUUUCUCAUUUCGCCGUAACGCGACAUUAUACCGUUCGCACCUUGCGUCACAACAACUAAUCGCUACAGUUUAGCGGAGAAACCUGAGAUGAAGAGUGGUGGGAGCUCCGGUGCGGUGGAGGUGUGCUCGCGGCUGUGCGCCCCGCUGACGGUAACACUCAGCUGUUUGAACUCCCCUGUUUUCAUCCAUAGAUUUUAGAUCUGCCACCGUCAUCUAACGGCCCCUCCAGGCUCCGCACACCCGCUGUGUGGUCAGGAGUAGAUCACCUUGAUCCCUGGGUCUCUUUUCCUCUGGGGAAAGUUGAAUGGAUUUUCAGGGACACUUAACUGAAACUGGGGUAUUGGAGCCAAAAAAGUUUUCAACCCGCUGUUUGUGGCCACUCGGCCAGUCCGCGUAAAUGCUCUCCACUUUGAUUUUUGCGCAAGAAUUGCGUCUGCAUGGCGAUAUUUAAAUCGCCGCGGUAAACUCCCUCCAGGAUCUGUUUUUAUUUGUUUGAAAUUGGAAGACACGUGGAGAAGAUGAACCUGUGUAUCGUCAGUCUUCUGCUCACUUUGGAUCUAGCCACUGUGGCGCUCAGUUUGUCCACAUGCAGCACGCUGGACAUGGACCAGUUCAAGAAGAAGCGCAUCGAGGCAAUUCGAGGGCAGAUCCUGAGCAAGCUGAAGCUCACCAGCCCCCCGGAGGACUUCCCCGAGCCCGAGGAGGUGUCCCGGGACAUUGUCGCCAUAUACAACAGCACCCGGGACCUGCUGCAGGAGAAAGCCAACGACCGGGCGGCGACGUGCGAGCGGCAGCGCAGCGAGGAGGAGUAUUACGCCAAGGAGGUGCACAAGAUCGACAUGUAUCCCUUCUACCCGUCAGAGAAUGUCAUCUCUGCGACUCACUUCAACCCUUACUUCAGACGGCUGACAUUUGAUGUUUCCUCUAUGGAGAAGAAUGCAUCCAACCUGGUGAAGGCUGAGCUCAGGAUCUUCCGUCUUCAAAACCCUGUGGCCCGAGUGUCUGAGCAGCGCAUCGAGCUCUACCAGAUUUUAGGACACAAAGAUCUGACUUCCCCAACACAGCGGUAUAUUGACAGCAAGGUGGUGCGGACGCAAACAGAGGGAGAGUGGCUGUCCUUUGACGUCACAGAGGCAGUGAGUGAAUGGCUGAACCACAGAGACAGAAACAGUGGAUUCAAGAUCAGCCUGCACUGCCCCUGCUGCACAUUUGUGCCGUCAAAUAACUACAUUAUUCCCAACAAGAGUGAAGAAUUGGAGGCACGGUUUGCAGGUAUUGACGACAGCUUCAUUCAUGGCGGUGACCUAAAGGUAUUUAAGAAGCGGCGGCACAGUGCCCGGGCUCCACACCUUCUCCUCAUGCUUCUCCCUUCAUACCGGCUGGAGUCCCAGUCCCGGCACAAGAACCAUAGAUCCAAGAGGGCCCUGGAUGCCGCCUACUGCUCCAAAAAUGUGCAGGACAACUGCUGCUUGCGCUCACUCUACAUCGAUUUUAAGAAGGACCUGGGCUGGAGGUGGAUCCAUGAGCCAAAGGGAUAUGAGGCCAACUUCUGUGCCGGGGCAUGUCCAUAUCUAUGGAGUGCUGACACGCAGCAUUCAAAGGUAUUAGGCCUUUAUAACACCAUCAACCCUGAAGCUUCAGCAUCGCCCUGCUGCGUCUCCCAGGACCUGGAGCCCCUCACCAUCCUCUACUACAUCGGCAAGACCCCCAAAAUAGAACAGCUCUCUAAUAUGAAGGUCAAGUCCUGCAAGUGCAGCUAGAAACCCAAACAGGCCAGCAUCAACACUAUCCCCCCUGCCUCAUCACACACACACACACACACACACACACACACACACACACACACACACACACACACACACACACACACACACACACACACACACACACACACACACACAAACAAACACACACAGGACAUACACACAGUCAAGCCAUGACUCUACUGUACAGUGUUUACACAGAGGCAAAGUCAGGAGGGGUGUGAAUUACAGAACAAGUCAGUGGUACUUCAUUGAGUACACAACACACAUGAUCAGUGCUUCUCCAGAAACCUGACUUUGAUACCAAUGCUUUAAGGCUGAAAUAAACAGAGUUGCGCUGGACUAUGUCGGUGGCAUAGGUUCACAAUGCCUAAUAUUGAUAAAAGCAGGUCGGGCUGAGUCCAGGUCGAGGCAGCAGGUUGUAGUGUAAUGUUUGGCUGUCCAAUCGUCAAGAGCUGUUGGCCAUCCAACAUCAACAUGCAGCUUUUUUACACCCAACAAACCCCCUCCUGGAGGAGAGCCAGAGCAGCCAUUCAGUGCUGCACAAGUCUCAAUUUCAUUGGGCCUCUUUCCAACCAACCGUUCAUAAGAAGAAAUUUAUUUUUCAAACCCAAUUAUGCAGGUAUCCACGCUCUAGUCCAGAUGCUCAGCUGACGGUACGCCCGCGAGUGCUGUGUUUCCAGUGAUGGUCCCCAAGCGCUCGUCCAGCUCAGAUAACUCUGGACAUCCUGUCCCCCUCCCCUUACCUUUUCCUUUCCCCCUUCUCUUUUCUGUGUUUGACAAUAUUUCUUUUAAGUUCAGAUUUGAGAUCAAAUCCCUUUUUUUUACGUCAUCAGCUUUGCCACUUUCUCCCAAUAGAGCUUUUACUGCAUGUAUGUAUGUGUGUAUGCGUCUCAUUUAGCUUUAUUUUAUAUCCAUUGCCGACGCUAUAAAACAUAACCGUCUUUUAACAUCCGAUGCGCCAACAUCUUUAGAUUUUCGUUUAGGCAUUCUUGACUCCUUAAAUUUCCCUUUAUAUUUCUGUGAUUUCUCGCCGUUUACCUCAGCUUAUAGGAAUAACUGGUUCAUGCUUUCAACUUAUGAGGACAGUGGGAUUCAUCAAUGUAAGAACAAGUGAGAACAAUUCUGCAGUUUAAAGACACGUCGUGAAUCUGAUGUAGGGUUUUUUAGGAACUUUCUUUAGAACAAUUCCAAAGAGGAUAUUAGUGAAUUUGGGAUAAUUUUUUUAUGAGACCAAACAAAUCAAACAAUAAAUAUUUAUUCUACAGCAAGUUAAAUAAAAUUACAUAUGACAUGAGGAGCUUUUCAUUAAGUAUAACAGGGGUUCAGAUUUAUUGUUGAAAUAUAUCCUUCUAGCAACCGCGGUAUUUCUAAACCCGAUUAAAUGGAAUGGGAACCAGUUGAUGGUGUGAUGAACUAGUUGAUACAAAGCAUAGUCAUCAGCCAAACUAAACCGAAAAGAAAUUCACCUAUUGGGUCAUUCAAAGGAAGUCCUUAUUUACAUGCAGGGUUUCUUUUUUUCAGCUGUUAAAAUACAUAUUUCCUAAUUCUUUAAUAAACAAAUUUUAGGAUAUAAUCUUUAGAUUUUGCAGUGGUAUCAAAGGCAUGGACUAAAUGUGACAACAUACAUACAUACAUACAUAUACAUACAUACAUACAUACAUACAUACAUACAUACAUACAUACAUACAUACAUACAUACAUACAUACAUACAUACAUACAUACAUACAUACAUGCAGUUACACGGACAGGGCUUUUGUACUGGUAUAUCCUUUGGCAUUCUGAAGGCCCUGUCAACAUGCACCACCUCAGAAACUUGUCACACCGAGACACGAGAGUAAGGCUAACACUGGAAGUAUAAAUAAUAAGCGUCUAUUUGUCCUGAAAAAGACAUUGCCCCACCCCAACAACCACCCACCACUUCACCCCCCUCUCCCCCAAUUCACCAUCUGCAGUCACACCACAUUCUCAUCUCUGUGUUUGUCUUUGUUUUGUAUCCAUCGUUUUCAACAUCUUCCCAUUCCAUUAUGUUUAAGAUGCUUAUAAAAACCUAAUAAGUGAAAAUGAAAGAAUAGGUGGGAUUGUCAUUUAUACCAUAUGUUGAUGAAUGAUUGGCUAAUCUGAAUAAGACGCAGAUCAUCUUGCUAAAGUUAUUGGUUACAAAAACAAUUGCCACACUAUAUGGUGUCAUUUUCGGACUUCAUAGGGAUGAUGAUGUCAUUCCUACCCAAUGAUCAUUAUUUAUUUUUUGAUCGAUGUAAACUUUUGGUCGUGUCUAUUUUUCCUUCGGAUGCAGAACUACUUGGAAAGAUGCAUUUUUGAGCUGCAUUAAGUAAUUUUCUGACUUCUCAUGACAUCACUUGUCAUGUGACAUCAAGAUGACGGAAUAAUCUUUUGAUCCAUAUAAGCUUUGGAUUGUCUCUUAUUUUUAUUUUCGUUAAUCUUAAAUUUCGACUGAUGGUCUGCAAAAGUUUAACUUUUGGAGGUAACCUCCCAUGUAACAUAACCACCAAGUUUUGAAAAAAUCCGUCCAUGUGUGUUUUGGUUAUAUUGUAAACACACACACACAAACACACACACACACACAUAGAGGUUUGCGCAGCUAUCCUUAUUAUGACUUUCCAUUGACUUCCAUUCAUGGUGGACAGCCUAACCAAAACCUUAUCCCUACCCUUAACCAAGACCUCAGAAAUAACACUUAGCCUCAUUAGGGCUGGGCCUUGGUCCCAAUGAGGUCUGCUGGUCCUGACUAGGUCAGUGAUUAUGCUGGAAAAGGUCCUAAAUAGGUAAUCAAAAUUUUAUAAACACACGCACACACACACACAGGGGUAAUAAAACAAUCCCCUGCUUCUGGCUAUGCAGGCGUGCAGGGUAAUAAUUCCAGUAAUAUGUUCGAAGCAACUCACCUAAUUUUACAGUAUGUAAUAUUUGUGGUAUCAUUCAUAACACCUGUGUCAGUCAGCAAACAAGUUAACAAACAGUUGCACCUUUACCUUUUACUUUCAAACAUUUGGUAUUUCAAAAUGUACAAGGUACUGCCAACUGAUCAUUUCAGACUCAAUAUCUAAAUGUGACCCAUGUUCAAACAAUAGUUUGAAUGUCAAGUAAAAAGUUGUGGCAUGUUCAGACCUGUCUCCACAUCUCUGGAGAACGAUCUGGCUGCAGCCAUUAUCAUUCUGCUAUAGGGGCAAAUAAAUCUCUGGCUUGUUUUUAUUUCUCCGACCAAUCACUACAAUCUUGGGCUGGGCUAAGUCCAGGAUACAUUAACAGUGCAAAGCAGUGACAAGGAAGUGUCGUGGUGAGGGGGACUUGUGAAGGGGGGAUUAUUUAAUGAAUCAAAAUGAACUAUUUAAUGAUACGAUCCUGCCACCUGUCACUCUAGUAAUGUUUGGUAGUGUCAUCAGUGUGUUGUCUUGCCAACAGAAAACUUUGAUUUCACCCUCUACACUGCAAGAGCUGUCGGUCAGUCAUUAUUUUUUGUUUCUUUAAUUAAAAAAUAAACCAUUGCACUGAUGCUGUUUUAAUUUUUCCUAUUUUAAAAAAUCUAGUUUUUCCUAUUUAGUCUGCCCUCCCUUCCCCCCCUUAUCAAAUAAGAAGUGUUAAUGUAGGUGUCCUGACCCUGGCCGUGUUUAGUGCCAGUGGACUUACUGAGUAGCAGGAAAGAAGGCUAGGCACCAACUCUGUCACGAUAGAGCUGUAAUUUUUUAUGUGUAUUUGUUGUUGUUUUAAUGAUGAUAAUGAUGAUGUUAUUGUGAUCCACUAUGCUGUAUUGUAACACAGUAUUGUUGUGGUGUUUCAUUGGUAAAUAAAUUAUUUAAGUUUCAAGGGAA